CUAAAGUGGUCAAUCAGAGUAGACGUGUUUUAGUUGAGCUGCCGACUUUCGAGAACCAAUAAUCAGAAUAAGGUUAUUUACAAGUGGUUGCUUCUGAUUGUAUUUGUGUUGUCGUGAUCGUACCUGCUGAACGUACAGCUACCAACGAGGAAUAAAUAAAACAAUUUUUUCACCACUCAUUCAUAAGCUUCACUUGAAUGACGAAUCGGCAUUAGUAAAUUUGCGAGAGUUUCAAUAAUGUGUCGCUGGAGAGGCGAACUGGUGGUAAAUAUUUUGAUACUACUACUGAUAACCCUAUCGGCUAGUGUAGUGCGAUGUCAGGAUGCAACAAAUGGAGAACCAACCGAAGCGGAUGCCAUGGCUGGUAGCAAUCCGGCCUCAGGUUCUGGUGAUAUGAAGGACUACCUUGUGUCAGGAUUACGCUUAGAACAUGAACUUGUGAAGGAACAGGCCGAUGAACCGACCACUAGUAAUAGUGGUGAGAAUUUUGUUGCCAUCCACAAGGAUGCCGUCGGUGCACGAGAACAGCUAAAACCAACCUUGCGCGGUCUGUCGCAUAUUGCAAUCAGUUUCCUGCCGAAGACAUACAGGUUCGUUUCUGUUUUGUCGGCAACUCGAGAGGUCGUUGCCGGGGUUCGCUACGAUCUUUUAGUGGAAGCUUUAGACGAAGUUCAGGCAGAAGUGGUCUGCUCCAUGACGGUAUUGGAAAAACCAUGGUUGACCACGGAAAGUGGUGACAAAUACCGGUUGUUGGAAAAUUCAAACUGCACAUCAACAGAACAAGCAGCAACGGAUGGUGUAGAGAUUGUUACGAAGCUAAAUCCAAUUUUUGAUCCAAAUCUGAAGAGCCGACAAGAUAUGAGUCCUACUCGUUUCAAAGAUUUGGUAAGCCAAAUUAUCAUACAGAAACAUGAACAACAAGAAAAAAUUACAACCGAGGCGGUAGACGUGACGAGCACUACUGAGCAGCUAAAGGUGCCGGAAUUGAGCGAAUCGUCAAAGGAUGUUCUAGAUCAGUUGUUUUUGUUUGGGAGUGAGAGCGGAAAGCAAAAUCUAUCACCCGCAUCUCCUAACCAACGCAAUCCUGAAGUAGCGGAGGAUACUAUCGUCCCAAAACGCGCUGAGCAACCACAGUUUGGAGUACCAGCUACGGAAUCAACACCGGAGACAACCACUUUGAGCCUUGAUCAACAAGUGCAGUCUACGUUCGAGGAAGUUUUUAAAACACAUCGUGAGAUUCAAAAGGCGCUCGAUGAAGUAAUCCAAAAAGGUGGAGGUCGCGACGUCCAGCUUAAAUAUGAACCCGUGUUUGCUUCCUUGCUACAGCAAGUGAAAACGAGUAUCGAUAACUAUUACCAGACUGUUAACCCGAACGGUGGAGAAGCCAAUGUAGAUACAGUUGCCUUUGUCGUUAGCGACAAUGUUGCUUCAUCGAGGACUACGUUCUCUGCCGGGGAAGUGAAUAACCGAUCCGCAGGAAGUGACGAGGACGACCAACAGCAGCAAAUUGUAUCGCCUGAUUUUCAAACAUCAUUGCCACCACGAACCGAAUCUCCACCAGCACGAGAACUAGCUCCACCAAAAAUCGAUACCGUUGUAAUGCAAUUCAGCGAUAGUAACAGUAACGAGCAACAACAACAACAACAACAACAACAACAGGUGGAUGUUCAACGUACACGAACCCGGGAAGAACUGAUCCGAGAAUUUAAUGCAGAUGAAUCUCAGCAGCGAAAUAAACGAAACCCAGAAUCUUAUUCCCACGAACACGAUUUUUAUCAUUCUCCUUUCUUUGGAAGUUCGUCCCACGAAUCACAUGAACAUUACGGCAAACCUUACUAUGGCAUUCCCCAGUUUGGGUAUAAUCCAUACUAUAACCCGCAUUACAGAGGAAAACGGUUCGUACAAAUGGAUUUGGAUAACACUGAUCAGGAGCAGAUCGAUGACAUGGAGAAAUCAUUAACCGAUGCAAUCGGAAUGCUUGAUCGAAUGGAUGCAGAUCCAUUCAAGCGCGUUCUCCUGGAGGUGGUUAGCUUGAAGCGCAUUAACCAAUUCACUAGUGCAAUCCAGCAGAAGGGAGAGUUGUAUGUGGCUCGAGUCGUAACUGCCAACUCACAUUGCCUUGAGGAAGCGGAAGAUGUGGUCAAAUGCAAGCGACUUUUAAUAGACGGAAGUAGCAAAUUUUGUACACUUGAGAUUCGCGUAAAAGACAAGGAAGUACAAUUGGUGAAAUCGGAGUGCUCUCCGCACAAGUCGGCCGGACUACUAGGAGGUCAUAAAGAGAUUGACGUACAAAGCCUCGAACACCAGCAACGUAUUCAAGCAGGUUUGAAGCAAUACAAGAAAGGGAAACUAAAGUUUUCGAAAUUCGUAAUUCGUUGCGGUUCAGUGCAGGUAGUGGCCGGAACAAUUCACCGUUAUACUGUUGAUUUGUUGGAUAGUGACGAUAAUGUUGUCAGUAGCUGUAAGGUUAAAAUCUAUACUCCCGUGGGCGAAGAUCCAGAAUAUAAAUUUGACUGUCUGGAAGUAUCGGCUCGACGAGUUACUCGCGACGUAGAACGAAAGAAGCUAAGCAAGACACCGAAGGUUGGGUCGCCAUCGGAGUUGACACCUGAGGAGUAUAACAAACCGGAACAUUCUGAACGAGUUCGAGGUAUUUUGUUGACUUCGAAUGCAGCAAAUGUGGAAAGGAAGUACCGAAUAGUGGGAGCAACUCAGCAGUUGGUGGCUGGUAAUCUUUACACUUACAGGCUAAUUUUCAAUGACGAUCCCAAUAAGCGGAUUUGUAAAUUGACUUCGCAUGAGAGACCAUGGUUAAAGGAGAAAUCCCCAGCUGAAGCACAAAAGGUUUCAUUCUCCUGUCCGGACGAAGACGCUCCAUCCAAAAGUCGUACUCGACGGUCGGUUUGUGCUGGGUGUCCCUCUGGACUUUCCCCUGAAGAUCUGAAGGAUGAUGAACAUAUCGAACGCAUUAAUAAAAUUCUCGUUGCAACCGGUGGAGUUGCUCAAAAAAAGCCGGAAAUUCUCAACGCUACAGCACAAGUAGUAGCUGGAAUGAAAUAUACAUAUUUCAUUGCGUAUACUGUAGAAAAUACACGUAGAGUGUGCAAAUUAACCUCUUGGGAACGGCCGUGGCUUGGCGAAUCUAAAGAUGCUUAUGUUUACGACUCCUCGUGUGAUGGUCAGGAUGAAACUAAUAAUGUAGGAAAAUCUCGUCAAAAACGACACGUUGGAGCUGCGCGUCCACUGUCCGAGGUGAAACUUCAAAGUGAUGAACAUAUAUUGAGAAUUAAUGAUAUUUUAUUAGCAUCCGGAGGAGUCAAACAGGACAAGCCAAAGAUUAUUAAUGGAACGACACAGGUUGUCGGUGGCGUGAGCUACACCUACUACAUAUCCUAUCCAGUGGAUGAAGGAAUUGAAAGAGUUUGCUAUUUAAAUUCUUGGGAACGACCCUGGCUAAAAAAUAAAGACCAAACGAAAAAUCGCAAAUAUACCUUCCGCUGCGAUGGAUCUGACGAGAAUUCGCUUAAACGACAGCGUCGUCAUGCCAAAAAGGUUGGAGGUUCGAACGAAUUGUCGCUAGAAGAUUUAAAAGACAAGAGUCACACCGAACGGAUCCGGGCGGGCCUUGUAGCCUAUAACGAAGAAAAAUCAAAAUCCUACCAAGACUUCGAAAUUCUUAAAGGAUCAGUUCAGCUGGUCGCAGGUUCUUUGUACAAAUACACCUUCAAAGUAAAAGACGAACCGAGUGUCCUCUGUAAGAUUUCGGUCUGGGAACGAGUCUGGUUAGACACAGUGGAUCAACGCAAGUACAACGUUAAAUGUGACGGUGACGAUGAUCCAGAAAACGAACAGCAACAAGCCGCAGCAAAGCGAUCAACCCGGUCUAUACGACCACAUCGUGAUCAAUUGGAGCACUACUCUCGAGGCAUUGACCACGCACGUCAUCUGUUCGAAAAGUUCAAGUUACGACACAACCGCACCUAUCAGAGCACCCUGGAGCACGAGAUGCGAUUCCGUAUUUUUAAGAACAAUCUUUUUCAGAUCGAACAACUGAAUAAGUAUGAACGAGGAACCGCUAAGUACGGUAUUACACACUUUGCCGACAUGACUAGCACCGAGUACAAACAGCGAACCGGAUUAGUGGUGCCAAACGAGCAGGAACGGAACUUGAUUCGCAAUCCUUUAGCUAAAAUUGAUGAGAAUAUUCAUCUUCCGGAAGCAUUCGAUUGGAGGGAUUUGGGAGCUGUUUCACCGGUUAAAAACCAGGGUAGCUGUGGUUCUUGUUGGGCCUUUAGCGUAAUAGGUAACAUUGAAGGAUUACAUCAGAUCAAAGCUAAAAAGCUAGAGGAAUAUUCGGAGCAAGAACUGUUAGAUUGUGACACCGUGGAUAAUGCCUGCCAGGGAGGAUUUAUGGAUGAUGCUUACAAGGCAAUUGAAAAAUUAGGAGGACUAGAAUUGGAAUCCGAAUAUCCCUAUCUUGCUAAGAAGCAAAAACAAUGUCACUUCAAUAAAACCCUGGCACAUGUCCGCGUUAAAGGAGCGGUUGAUUUGCCGAAAAAUGAAACGGCUAUUGCCCAGUUUCUAGUUUCCAACGGGCCAGUUUCCAUAGGUCUGAAUGCCAACGCAAUGCAGUUUUAUCGGGGAGGAAUUUCUCAUCCGUGGCGUUUAUUGUGCAGCAAAAAGAAUUUGGAUCACGGCGUGUUGAUCGUUGGUUACGGCGUUAAAGAAUAUCCAAUGUUCAACAAAACUUUACCUUACUGGAUCGUGAAAAAUUCUUGGGGUCCGAAGUGGGGUGAGCAAGGCUACUAUCGUGUCUACCGAGGUGAUAAUACGUGUGGCGUCAGCGAAAUGGCCUCUUCGGCUGUUUUGGAAUAGAAUCAAAUUCUAACCUUGAGCUAAGUAAACUGCUGGCGUGGUUAUUAUUUGUAUUACCGUUCAUAGGAAAGAUUUAACUACAUACGUGAGUAUGUUUGUUUGUAUUUUAAAAAUUGUCUAAAUAAGACCCUUUGCAAACUGACAAUUAUUUUGGGGGCGAUUUUAUAAAUUACUACUCUUUUUGUGUUAAAUAUACUUUCAAAUAUACAAUCAACUCAUAUUGAAAGGUAA